UAAAAAUUCGGGUAAUGCACGGGAAGAUAUACUAGUAAUCGUUCUUAAUAAGUGAUGGUCCUUCCAUCCAACCAAAACAAUGAAAAGUCAUCUGGCUAUUUCUGUCAAUUGUCUUUUCUGCAUCAAUUCUAUGGCGUCUUCCAUUGUUAUCCACCAUCUCCAUCUGCUCUCUCCUCUUCUUCUCUUCUCCAUCAUAGUUGUGUCCAGCACCGCCACACGUCAAAUUCGGCCGACCAGCAAACAAUGUCAUCUUCGCACCUCGGUUCUCCUCUCCUCUUCGCUCGCUCUCAAUUUUGCACGCUGGUGGAGUCUGCCGCUGCUUCCUAUAUCAGUGAGUGCAACUACUGCUCCACACAAGGGACAUGCAGGUCAGUGUGUACUGGGAGAAACCUACUCUUUUUCAAAGUACAACAAGAUAAGUUUGAACAAGAUGUUUUGAUCUAACCUUCAUUCCCUGGCACAUGAUUCACCAUUCUAAGUUGAAAACCGAGAAUACAAGGGCUUUAAUCGUGUUACAUAUAAGCUAAUCCUUUUUUAUAGUAAUCAAAAUAAGUCCAUUCAAGAGGCAAAUGUUAUUUAUCAGUGUGUUAUUCGUCAAGUUGAUAAACCAUCUGUUUUCAAUGGUUAAUCUGCUCCUUGAUCAUCAUAGCUCUUGUCUUUACUAUGUGCCCAUAGAUGACCAUGAUAAGUAUUGGGAAUAAUACACAAGUUAUUUGCAGAUGAU